CCAUUCUUGUUAGGGUUUUUGGCGCCGGCGUUGCGCCAACGCCCGCCCUCAGCCUACCUUCUUCUCCUUCCUUUCAACCCGGCGCGAAUAUCAGGAGCCAUAGCGAUAGGGUUUCCACCCACGUAGAAGUUCGGGGGAUCCUCUCUCUCUUUCCCCUUCCUGUCCCUGGUUAUCAUCUUGCCUCCGCCAUGCCGUCUCCUGCUCGCUGCGGUCCUCGCACAUUCGUCCCGACUCGUGCUGGGAAUGGUAUUUUGUGAUUAGAAAUUGGGAUAAAACUAUAGUUCCUAUCAUGAUGGGAACGGGCGUCUUAUUUUGUUAUAAGAUAAUUUGGAUUUGUGGGAACAAUCAUCUAUUGCAAUUGCAAACCUGGGGUUUACUGGUUCUUUGACUGCUGAAUCCUCUUUGAAACUUUUAGUUCCAUGCAUUCAUGUUGCUGCAGAAGCUAGGGAUGCUUCUGCAAGAAUGCUCAACAAAGAGGACUUUCAGACUUGGCGUUGCACUCCAUGCUUCAGUUGUCAAGAACGGUGUGGAGUCUGACCUCUUUCUUUCAAACCAUCUAAUCAAUAUGUAUGCCAAGUGCAAAGAUUUUGAAUCUUCAAAUUGUAUAUUUGAUCACAUGCCAAUUAGAAACAUAGUAUCAUGGUCAGCUCUGAUUGCUGGGUAUGAUCAAGCCAGCAACCCAUCCAUUGCUUUGAAUCUGUUUGCUCAAAUGCCAUUUCAGCCCAAUGAAUAUAUCUACGGAAGCAUUAUUAGUUCUUGUGCAACCCUUUUUGCCCUGGCACAGGGUAGACAGGUGCAUGGUCAAUCAUUGAAAAAUGGGUAUGAAGGCAUAUCCUUUGUCUAUAACUCUUUGAUGUCUAUGUACAUAAAAUGUGAUUGCAUGGAUGAUGCUCUACGCAUCUUUAGAAGCAUCUUGAAACCAAAUUCUAUCUCUUACAAUGCAAUGAUCACAGGAUUUGCUGAGAAGUUCAAACUGGAUAAGAGUUUGGAGCUAUUCAGACUUAUGAACCAGCAAGGUUUGCAUCCAGAUGAGUUUUCUUAUGUGGCUCUGCUAGGAAUAUGCUCUACUGUGGAUGAUUUGGUAUUAGGCCUUGAAUUGCACUGCCAGACGGUCAAACGGGGUCUUGACACCACAGCUUUUGUUGGAAAUGUUAUCUUAAAGAUGUACUCAAUAUGCAAUUUAUCUGAAGAGGUAGAGAAAGCUUUUAUGUCGAUCAAUAAUAAGGAUAUGAUAACAUAUAACACUUAUAUUGAUGCAUGUUCCAAUUGUCAGGAGCAUAUGAAAGGGUUGAUGUUGUUUAGAGAGAUGACUGUAAUGGAGAAUAACUCUAGUUUAAGUCCUGAUGCAUUCACCACAGCUAGUGCUUUGGCUAUAUGUGCAGAACUUGCUUUAUUUCACUAUGGAGGUCAGAUUCAUGCCCAUUUAGUAAGAACUUGGAUGAAUCUUGACAUAGUCCUUUUUAAUGCUCUCAUUAACAUGUAUGCUAAGUGUGGCUGUAGCCGAUAUGCUAAGCUUGUGUUUGAUUUGAUGCCGAUUAAUAAUGUGAUAUCUUAUAACACAAUCAUUGCUGGGCUUGGGAACCAUGGGCACGCAAUGACCACUUUGGAAAUUUUUGAGCAGAUGAAACGUGAAGGAUUCACUCCAGAGUCUGUAACAUUCAUUGGACUUUUAACAGCUUGCAGCCAUGCUGGCCUAGUUGAUGAAGGUUUGACAUUAUUUAAUUCAAUGGAGGAAACAUAUGGAAUAUGUCCUGAAAUUGAACACUUAUCUUGCUUGAUUGAUAUGUUGGGUCGAUCUGGGAGAUUGCUAGAGGCUGAGGAUUACAUUAAAAUGUCUCCCUAUCAGAAUGACUAUGUGAUCUGGGGCAACUUGCUUUCCUCAUGCCGCCUUCAUAAAGAUGUUGCUAUUGGAGAACGGGUAGCUAUUAAGCUUUUGGAACUUCAACCGAGCACUAGUUCACCUUAUGUUCUCUUGGCAAAUUUAUAUGCAUCAGAUGGAAAGUGGGAGGGAGCUGCUGAAGCUAGGAAAUUGUUAAGAUAUAGUAGGGUGAAGAAGGAGCCUGGUUAUAGUUUGAUAGAAGUAAAAGGAGUGGCAGAAAAGUUCACAGUUGGUAAUUUUUCACAUGAACAGAUUGGAGAAAUUGUAGCAACAUUGGACAGCUUACACUGGAUAACAGGAAAGGUUCAUGAGUGAAUCUACAUUCCUUUGAUAACAAGGGACCUGCAGGUGCUUAUCAAAUAGAUCAUGGAAUCAAUGUUAAUUAUCAUUUUGUAGUCCAAUUUCUGCAGAGCAUGUUAAUGUCAAAACCAGAGUCGAAGUCCUUUAAGGUUCCUAAUACUGAGAAUAUUGUUGAAAAGGGGAAGAAGGCUCCCUUCAAAAAUCAGACACAUAAUCUGCAUAAGAUUUGUGGAGGUUUGCAAGCUAUUACGUACACUGCUAGUGGGUUGCUGUCUGCAAGUGUUGAUGCUCUUGAAAGUAUUUGCUGGAAACAUCCCUAGCAAUCAGAAUUAUGGGAUUGAUAAUGCAUAUAAUGAUGAAUUCGUUACCCCUGAAGGGAUAGUUGAUGACUAGAAUCUGACAGAUGCAGUGACGGUCAAUUAAGACUGUUCUUAUGGUACUGCAUAAGAGCCAUUUGGAGGAUGCAAGAAAGGGAGGCUUGUUUUGUGCCACUGAUCCAUUGAUAUCAAACUUCAUUAUUCCCUUGCAGGGUUUGCAGCACAAUUUGUAAAACACUUAGACAACUGCUGUUCGUGACUUUUCUUUUAAGAAUCAGAUCUGCAAGUGAUUCAGUAGCUUAAUUGUGUCCAAGCUGGUGCUACUGGGAUUCCUCCACUAUCCAACUGUACCGACUUUUGUCUUUGAUUCCUAGGGAAACACAUUUCUUGUGCCAAUGGGAGAAAAUUCAUUGUUUUCUGAACAUCACACUCAAACUGGGCGGUGCUUAUCGGUUAGGAGACCAAACUCGCAGGUGACCAAACUUCCAUCAUUUGUCGAUUACAUUCAACAUGGCUUCUCAUCUAUUAGUACUUGUUUAGUGCAAAUUUUGUUGAUUAUUGUUAAUCUUUACUGAUAAAUUUUUUGUCGAAUGUAAUUUUAUGUGAUUAUAGCUUAAAGGUGUUCAUGCAAGUUCGCUGCUGCUCAAACCAAGCGUAGGGGUGUUUUUCAAUCCUUUCUGAGAUUACAACAGUCUGUCAAAAUUUAUCAAAAUACCUCCAAAAAUAAGUUUCAGGAGCGGACAUCCUUUGGGAAAAUUGAGACAUCGGAUUAAUCAUUUGUUCUUAUUUCAAAACUAUCUAGUGAGUUGAUAAAUAGAACAAACUUUUCUGAAUCA